CUGACCUCGUUUCUCAAAAUGGCCGUCUGGCUGGACUAAGUUUUCUACCUUUUGCGAGACUGUUUUGCAAAUUGUUUAACACUAUAUAUAAGGAUGAGCGCAAACUACGUGAGAAAGAUGGAUCUGUUAAGGGCAAGGAUUUUUGGCAAAUUAACUCGCCAAGUUACCCCACAGUAAGUAAAGUGAAUACAUACAUAUUGCAAUGCAACUUAUCACAAGCAUCUGUUAGAAGACUUUCUCUUCACAACUCAAUAAAUACAGUACCACACUUGUCAUACAUACAUACAUAUAUAAACUUUAUUUAAACUCGGAUUUAGAAUAGCUCGAGAGAGCUAGUUUCUCCGAGUAUAAUAAAAUUUAAGAAAUGCAACAAAAUUGAUAAAGUAUGAAAGUAUAAAAUUGCUACGCAUGCGCAUAUCAUUAGUCUCGUCUUCAAAAAAAAAAAAAGAAAAGAAAAGACAAAAUAUAUUUAGCAAUUAAUGAAUGAGGCUGAGUAGGAUAUGAAGAAUUAAGCAAAUCGAGGAGGGUGUUAUCCACAGAGACUAAGGUGGAUAACACCCUCUGCCAUCUGCUUAAUUCUUCAUAUCCUACGAAAGCCGAAUUCAUUAAUUGCUUUGUUAUUCAUUCAAAAUAAUUCCUAGUUUAAAAACAUUGCUUAAACAUGCUUACCCUCAUCGUUGUUAAGUUUGUCUUCGAUAGUGUAUGUUUAGGUUUGUCCAGCUCCGCAAAUGUUCUCCAAAUAGCAGAUGUCACCCUUCGAGUUGUCUUCUUGCUGUUUUUGCCAUGUUUUUAGCCAUUAUUUUGCCUAGUUCCAGCUGUAGUUCUUCCCCUUGAAACGAGUGAAGUGUCCACCAUUUUAGUUUUCACAAUGAAAACAACUCAACCUUGUCCCCAGGUCUUCUCGGUUAACAGUGCAUUAACCUGUAGAAGGCUGGAUUUUUGACGUCAUUUCCACGUUAAACACAAAAUUCUGCCAAGUUUGGUCAUCAGUAACUGGUUAUGGUGAAUUAUGCGUGUGCUUUUAGCCAAUCAGAAUUGGGGAAAUAUUUUGAAUGAAUAAUAAAUAUAUAUAUCUACACAGUAACAUUAUGAAUAGCGCACUUAAGAGCAAUGAGAGAUUCAGAAGCAGACAAGGCUGUACAUACCUGUUGUUUCUCGUGAAGUUGGGUACUAAUUCAAACAUUUAAAACAUUAUUGUCAGUGGCAAUGCAUGUGAAAACAUAAAAAUGGUGUUGUGUUUCAUAUGCCAGAAUCUGAAAUAUUGAUAAGUAACAAAGCAUAGAUAACAAUAGAUGCCAGUGAAUGGCAAUGGAUAAAGAACGGAAUGGAAUAGAAUGGGAUUGGAUGGGAUAGGAUGUCUUGGAUUAGGAGAUAGCAAGACCUGCCCACUUUACAUUAUAUAUUAACAUCUUAACGGCAAGCUGGGAUGUCAGCAUGCAUACAAGGGCGUGACGGUAGCCACUAUCAGUCCAUGUGUGAGCUCACUGUAACCCAACCAUAUGAAUGAUGUGUGCAAGGCAGACCACACCACUGGGAAAAUUUCCCCUACUCUUUUCGACCAGUACUGUGGGUUAUUUUACAUCCCCUCUGAUUUGACUCAUGAAAGGAUGAAGGUGACAAGGCCAAUGGCUUAACGUCAUUGCCCAAUGAUUCAAUCAUCUCAAUUGAGAAGUCUCAAAUCAAAGCCAGCAUGAUCUGACCAGUCUUUUAAAUACCCUGGUUAUUGGUCUGGCUGGAGUUUGAACCCAUGACCUUCCGCUUGGCAGACUGGUGCUCUCCCAAAUGAGCUAACCAGGUGGCAGAACAUGAAUAAUAUUUAUAAUUGUAUAUUAAAGACGAUGGAUUCCGGUAUAUGAAAGUCUACCCUGAAAAUGACACAUCCCCUACCAACUACUUUAUGCUAGGAUCAAGAUUUCUCAAUAUAAUAAAAUUAGUCGUCACAUUUCCUUGUUUUUAAUGCUCCCUGGUACAAAAAAUUUCUGCCCAGCCCAGUACAUUUAACAAGCAUGCAGUGAUCUCAUAUUGUGUUGACGUAACGAAAAAUUGAUGCUGGUACUUGCAUUUGAAGGGAAAAUUAAAUUGGAAGAUUCACAGGCUGUGAGAAAAUAUUAUAGUUAGUAGAACUUUGUGUUUUUUUUUCUGCUUAGGUCAUACAAGGUCGUUAAACACUUUGCCAGGAGACCCCUAGGAAGUGAGAUAAAUUCUUAUUAUCCCCCACUUAAGAAGUUCCAGACCCUUCUCUUUAGGUUGAGGCAUUUUGGAUUCUACUAUGAUGAGCAUUUGGUAAGUGACAACGGUUGACUCGUGAAAACUAGAGGUUUAAGUCAUCAGGGUCUUAAUUAUCAGGGGAUAGAAAUGAUCAAUUAAGAAAUAAGACAGUCUUAUUAAAUUUAAAGUUCCUUGAACAAUUAAAACUCAGUUUUGCUGGUCAACAGGAAAAAUUCCCUUGGAGCGGGUUACAAGUAACCAAGGGUCACAACAGUCUAACCAUCUCUCUCUUAUUAUUAUUAUUAUUAUUAUUAUUAUUAUUAUUAUUAAUAUCAUUAUUAUUAUUAUUACCAAAAAAGUGCAAAGAAAACAAUACUUUGUAAAUCUGAACAGAAGGGAAAAUUUUUGGUUUCUCUCAUAACAUUCAUUGCACUUUCUCAAAUAAGAGUUAUUGAUCAUGAAGAAAAUCACCUCUCCCGAAAUAAAAUUGCUUUCAGUAAGAGGGAGGUUCAAGUUAGUGAGGGUCCUAUUUAUUGACAGUGAAAGCACAGAGCAAAUCUUCAUUGUGGGGGAGGUCAAUUUUGGUUCACUUUAGCACAAGAUUGGAGUGGUAGUUAACAUUACUGUAGUGUACUUAAAGAGGCUGAACCAUAAAAGUAAUGUAUGACAUUAAGAUUUUUUCAGUUUGCAUGCAUGUAAAUAUAUUAAAAUGGACAUACAUGUAUCCAGCUAUGGCCUAAAAUAGCAUGUACUAGCCCUAUUUAAUAGAUAUUUUUAAUGCACACAUAUUUUUAAAUGGGUUACAAUAUAGACUUGACUUUUCCCCAAUAAAACCAAAAUCUACACUUUCUAGAAUUUCCGAGAAGAGAUGGCAGCAAAACGAAAAGAGAGAGGCAAAGGUCCACCAAAGAAAGGUGAAAAGCUGCAUUAAACCUUUAAACCUCAAUAUCAAAAUAUAUUUUCUCCUUCCUAUUCUCCAUAUGUUUCUUAUUGUGCUGCUUGAGAGAAUUUGUUCAAACAUCAAGACAUUACCGUAGAACCUCGAUAACACAAACAAAAUUUGCUUUCCUUUCAUCAAAAUUUCAUUGAAAUUUACCCCAAUGACUCAAAUUGCCCACUAACUCGAACUGUUUUUUGUUUCCCUUCAGAGUUCAAGUUACCGGGGUUCUACUGUAUUUUGUCAUGAUUGGCGAUCGUUUUAUUCGUUCUCUUGAACUGUUCCUUUGAUUUCAGUCUGCUAAGUCCUUUUCUGCUCAGUCAGUCACCAAGACUACAGUAGUGCAUGAAAGCUUUGCUAGUUGCUUAAUUAUAGAACACAAUUAUUCAUGUGGAAAUUUUUCUUUAAUCAUCCAACAUGACAAUGUAAUUUUGAAUCAAUGGAGUGCAUAACCCAAUCUUUAUAUAUUUUUUUAUUAUAAAACAGGUGAAGGCAAGAGGGCCAAGAAGAAGAAAUAAAAAGCCAAUAAUA